CACAGCUCUCCCAUCAUCCUGCCACCAAAUCUGCCUUUUACUAACACAGUCUUCAGGAAAGCAGCAGAAGAGGAGCUCUUCUGUGACCUGGAACUGCAGGCACAUUACACCACAAAGGGGUAUUGGUGACAUCAUAAAAAGCUUCCUGGAUAAAGCAGGUGACAAUGUGGCAGCCAAUUGGUCUUCUGUCUGCCGUGAUAUUCUGCUUGCUGAUGCCCUCAAGUUCUGGCUGUAAUAAAGCCUUGUGUGCCAGCGAUGUCAGUAAAUGUCUUUUGCAGGAGCUCUGCCAGUGUUACGUGAAGGGGGAUCAGUGUCCCUGCUGCCAGGAGUGUAUGCUGUGCCUGGACACUCUGUGGGAGCAGUGCUGUGACUGCGUGGGUUUGUGCAAAGAGAACAGAGGCAGACGGCGUCAGGCAGCCCAGAGGAGUUCAGUGGAGAUGUUACCCAUCCCUGUGCCCUCCCUGUUCCGAGCUUUGAGUACAGUACAGGAUGAAGAUUCAUCUGUUGCAUGGAGGGCUCUGUCUCUGCCAGUAACUGAGGAGCUGGCUCAGCGGAGUCACAAGGACCACAUCCUGCUGAGUACUCACUCAGCUGUGAUGCCUACUGCCUCUUUGAAUGCAUCUGUUCCCUGCACAGUGCUGUACAUAAACCGAUGUAUGUCCAUGAGGCACUGCCAUCAUUCCUGUGAGUCCACUGGAUCUUCUGCAUAUCGUUGGUUUCAUAAUGGAUGCUGUCAGUGUGUUGGACCAGACUGUCAUGGGUAUGGCAGCAAGGAACCAGCCUGCCAGCAAUGCCGCCCCUAAGAACUGUACAUAGGAGAAAGAAGAUGGAGAAAAGGGUCAAUGGAAAUUGCCAUGGCCAGGAAACCCAGAUGAAGGAUUAAAUGAUUUGCUGGUGAAUAAACAACUCCCAGGAUCAAUGUGAUAGUAGUUUUAUUGUGUUAUUAUUCCCUGAAGCACUGUAAUGUACUGUAUAGCUCACUAUAGAGAUGCAGCAGAUGAUACAACAGAGGUUAGAGCUACAGGUCUUCAUCUAUAGUAAAUACAACCACUGUACUUGUGGUGACUUGCUUUUCUAAUAAUUGGUAAAGUUUGAAUAAAAUGUAAUAUUA